CAACAACAAGAAAACCUUUCAAUUGUGUGUGUGUGUUCAUGUAAAUCUCUGCAGGUGAAAAAAAAUUUUUUGUGUGCAUUUUUUAAUAUAGAACAAAUGACAACAUCCAAACAAAACAAAACAAAAAAAAAUUCAAAAUCUUCAGCCCUUCCAUUUCAUUCCGCACACACACACACACAAAUCAUGUAAGUUGAAAGAUCAAAGUCAUCAUCAUCAUCAUCAUCGAAUUGUUCUCGAAAAAAAAAAUUUAUUGUUCAACUUUUUUAUCUUCUGUGUGUGUGUGUAUGUGCAUUUGUUCCACCAUUAUCUCUUUGUUCCAUAUUGUUAAAGGUCUUUUUUGCUCUCUCUAUUUCGCUUUCCUGAGUCAUCACAUAUAUCUCUGGAUCAUGGAUCUUAAUUUUCUUCUGCAACAACAAUUGUCUGGAGAACAAUGAUAAUUAGUCAUUUUUUUUUCUUCUUCUUCUUUGUUGUUACUUUGUUGUUAUCUCUAGUUCAAUAUGGUUGUAGUUUGAAGAAGAAAAAAAAAUUUUUUUUUCCAUUCGAUAAGGUUCGUUUUUUUUUGCUGUUGUCUUUGUUCUCAAACACACACACACACACACACACACAAGUUACCUGUAUCUUUUUUCACAGUUUCUGGACGCAAUACACACACACAUAUACAAAGUAAAUAAUAAGUGAUUUAUGUAUGUAUGAUGAUAAUGAUUGACAUUGUUCACGUAUAUAUCAAAAAAAAAGAAAAAAACAAACAAAAUCACAGAGACAUAUUCUUGUGGUUGUGUAUCACAAUCAUCAUCAUCAUCAUCAUUGUUAAUUGAUUUUGUGUGUAUAUGAGGGUGGUGCGAAACAGAAAAAAAAUUGAUGAAAUUUUGGAAUUUCCAUGAUUAAAAAAUUUACAUGUGUUUGUCCUCAACUAACCAACCAAAGACCCACCCACCUUGCAAUAAAUGCCAAAUUUUCUCAGGAAAAAAAACUUUUUUUUUUCGUAUAUAAAUUUAGAUUUUUUUUUCCUUUGAAAAUUCAUACUCAUCAUCAUCAUCGCUGUCAUCAUGUCGAUUGAAGAACAAUUCGAUGCUGCCGUCAAAGUCAUACAAUCAUUACCUAAAGAUGGAUUUUUUCAACCAUCCAAUGAAAUGAGACUUAGAUUUUAUGCAUUUUUCAAACAAGCCACUGAAGGUCCAAAUACAACAAAAAAACCAGCAUUCUAUGAUAUUAUUAAUCGUUAUAAAUGGGAUGCAUGGACAAAAUGUGGUCAAAUGUCACGUACAGAAGCAAUGUUAUUAUAUGUUGAUGAAUUGAAAAAGGUAAUCGAAACCAUAUCAAUGACACAUGAAGUGUCUGAAUUUUUGGAUUUACUUGGACCAUUUUAUGAAUUUUUACCAGACGAUAUGACUAAUGGCAAAACUAAUAAUGGAUCCACAUCCGCUGACACCACCACCACCACCGCCACCACCACCACUAAUACAAUGACAAAAAAAGUUAAUGGUGAAAAUAUUGGCCAAAAUCAAAUAGCUACGACCACCAUCAUUAAUAAUAAUCAUAAUCAUCAUGUUGAACAAGAAAAUUUUACUAUUACCUAUGAUAGUGAUGGUGAUGAAUUUACCGAUACAAUUGAUUCGUCAUUUUCACCACAACAUCAACAAGUACCGAAAAUUUUUUGCAAUACAUUCAAUGAUGAUGAUCAUGAUGAUGAUUCGAUUAUCAAUGCUCAUCAUCAUAGUAAUCGAUCCGAAUCGAAAACAAUAAAUCAAUCAUCGUCAUCCGUAGCAGCAGCAGCAGCAGCACCACCACCAAACGUAUUACUCGAUUUCAAUGAACAAUUAGCUGUGGCAAUAUUUCAGUUACAAAAUUCAUUGGAUCGUAUAACGAAUCGUGUACAUAAAUUGGAACAGCAGCAGCAGCAACAACAACAACAGGUCACCAUCAGACAACAACAACAACAAUCAUCAUCAAUAUCCGGUAUAAAUGAUAACAAUCAAAAUAAUAAUGGCUGGCCAUUUCGUGAAUUACGGCCACAAACAACUUUAUUUAUAUUGACAUGGCCAAUGGCUGUCUUUUUUCUACUCAAUUAUUUGCAACGAAUACGAAAAAAAUGAUUCAAUCAAUCAAUCAAUCAAUCGAUCGAUGGAGAGAAAAAAUUCAUAAUUUUUUUAUUAUUAUUAUUAUUAAACUCAAGUCUUUAGACUUUAUUUGUUACAACAAACAAAAUAGAUAAUCAAAAAUAAUAAACAAACAAAAAAAAAAAAUGCAAAUUUGAAAUUCAUCAUUUGAUUAUAUAAAAUGGUCAAUCAUGUGCUAAAUUAUUAUCAAUUUAUAUCAAUUUAAAAACAUUAAUUUUACUUAUAUUAUAUCAUAUUUCUGUGUUUAUGUAUGGGUGUGUGUACGAUAUAAAUUAUUGAUUUGAUAAUUAUUGAAAUGAUGAUGAUGAUGAUUAGACGAACCAGGAAGAAAUAUUAUAUUUGAUUACAAUUGGAAAAUUUUUUUUUUUUCAAAAAUCUAUUUUUCUUGCUAUAAUUUUCUUCUUUGAUUAUAAUGAU